UUUAAUUCCAUGAAGUUAACGCUUCUGUAAGAGCAAAUAAGAAUUGCAAUUUUUAUUUUGUAGAAAUUAAAAGUGAGCCACAAUUUUCUUCGGAAUCUGGUGAAGAGAAACCUACAGCGAUAGAUCAGCUUUCUAAAAUAUUGGCUAAAAAUGUGAAACUUACCACUUACGUGGCACACCUUAAGCCAAGCACCUGCGAUGAUUCAGUAUCGGAAUUUAAAAUAUCGUGCCGUGUGCAUACCGACAGUGAUGACGAUCUAGAUUUCGAACAAAUGGAAUCUAUUGAUAGUAAACAUAAGGCUGCAUCAAAAGAAAAAAGUUCUAAAGAUGCUGCCAAACUGAAACUGAGCAAGAUUACAGAAAAGCCUGAACAAGAACUUAGCACCGACUCUGACGAACAGUUGCAAUCGCCGUAUAAAAACCAAAAGGAAUCCAACAAAGAAGAGAAAAAUGUCGAUAUGGGUGAAAAUAUGCGCGAAACCUCUAAACGUACAAACAAACUAAAAUCAAAAACGAAUGGUCCAAACAGUCGUAAUAUGGAUGAUCCCGGAAAUCAACAAGAGAGUUCAUCAGAGUCGGACGUUGUACCACCAUUAACUAAUAAAGACAACAAAAGAAACAGUAAAGAUUCAACAACUACAAGUGGUACUAAAGACGUGAAAUCAAAAAGAGGUUCUUCGAGACAAAAGAAAUCCAAUGAAGAACCUGACGAAGAUUCCGACAACUCUCUUGAGUCUUACACCACUCCAAUUUUCAAGAAUAAAUCUGAUAAACCACGAAAACUGUCGAAUGAGGUAGAAGGACGUAGACCAAAAAUGACUUCUUCCAAUGGAAAAAGAUCUGCGGAAAAUGAAUAUAACAGUGACUCUGAAUCGGAUCAAAGUAAAAAAUCGGAAAUAAAGGCUUCAAAAGGGCAGAAGAAACGGAAAACAGAAACGAACUCCAGUGAAAAAUCUGGACAUAAUCGUAGCUCCCUUCCUGAAUCGGACAAAGUAUUUAAAGAUUGCUGUAAACUUGACCUGAAAUCUGAAAAGACGUUUCAAAUGUCAAAAUAUUCAAGGACGACUGAAAAGGAUAUGUCACAAAUAAACCCUUAUGAAAAAUAUAAAGAAAAGGAUAAAAGGACUUACAAAAGUCUUCCUGAAUCAGACGACGAAAUUGAGAAUACUUCUACUGAUUCAGAACAAACUAAGCAGGAACCUACGCAAUCAAAACCCAAAAAUCGAAAUAAAUCAGGAGAACAAGCUGAAAAUCAAUAUUCUUCUGAAUCAGUUGAUGAGCUGGAAACUUUAGAAAGAAAUAACAAAAGAAUGUCGGCAAAUUCAAACGCUUAUCAGAAAUCGGAAGCCAACUCAUCAUUAAGUCGAAAAGGAUCUAUUGAAGGACAUCAAACCAGUUGCUCUUCUGAAUCAAUUCAUGAGCCAUUAUUAUCAGAUAAAGAACCUAAAAGAACCAAACCAAAACCUGGAAGGAGAAAGCAGUCAUUUGACAGUCAAAAAGGAGAGAACAAAAUUAAACCGAAAAAUAAAUCUUCACGUCGAAAAGAGUCGUUAGAACAACCGAAACAUAAAGAUGAACGCUUUAAUAAUCGUAAUCAAAAUUUUGAAGACGAAUCAGGAAAUUCCAAUGAAUCGUGUGAAGACGAAGAAUUUAAUUCAACAAGGAAAGCUCCACGUAACAAACCCUUACAGAAAUCUGAUUAUGCGAAACAAUUAGCGAAAGGUCAGAAGUAUUUUGAACCACAGUUAAAUGUGGUAGAUAAUACACAGAUAAAUGCUGAAACUUGUUCAAAUGAAGAUGUUCAAUCAGAAUACAAAAAUGUCAAAAAACAAACCAAAAUUUUGAAGGAAGCGGAAUUUAAGCAAAAAAUGUUAGAGAAUUCCAAAAACACUGAUGAUAAUGACGAAAAAAGUCACAAAUCUCAUUAUGGAAGACAAACUGCAAAAAUAUCUAAAGAUUAUGGUGAUUUUAAACCACAAAUGAAAGUCGUAGAUAACAAUAGUUCAAAGUGGCAAAAUGAGGACAAUUGUUCUGAAUCAGAUGAAGAUUUAAAAGGCAAUGACAAGGAUAUUGAUGCAAAUAAUAAUUUAAAAUACAAUUUUGUAGAAUCGGAAGAAAAUAGGUCAAUCAAAUCGGUUAGGGCUCAAGAUACAGCAUCCCUCAGAUCAAAAACAAAACCGAAUGAAAAACUCAACCGUACAAACACCAACAAUGACACAAACGACAUUUUCAAGAAUUUUGAAGAAACAAGUUAUUCUUCCGCAGCUACGAAAGGUGAAAAGCAAUCGAAUAAAGACAUGGAAUUUUUAUAUGAAAAACAUCCUAGAAAUUCACAUUCACUUUCAAGAAAUUCCAGAGAUAUGUACGACGAAUUUAAAUCAAAAAACGAACCAUGGAAAAGAGGACAAGAUUUUUAUAACUGUAAAAAAGAUAGCGACAAAUUUUCAUCAAAUUUUAAAUCGUCAAGCUGGAUGAGUGGAAACAAAAUCGAAAAUACUAAAUAUACAGGUAAUAAAUGGAAUACAACAAGACAAACUGACGGCCCAUUACAGCCUAGCAGGUUUAGCACAUCAAGAACAUCCAAAUAUGACUACCAGAGAAGCUAUUUAGCUGGCGAUAAACCUCAGAGUAUUACUAAAACCCCAUGGGAAUUAAGCUCAACCAACAGGACGUACUCGUCUAUAAGACCAGGAAAAGGAUUCUGCAACGACUUAGUGAACAGAAUGUCUAGUGCGUUAAGUUUGAGAGGACAAGGGUCCACCACAGAUCAGUUUAAGUAUAAACCAAGAGCACUGUCCUCCCAAAAAUUGCACGAAGUAGAUCUGUUAUCACUUGGACCUGGCGAAACUCUUCGAAUCAAAUGUGGAGAAAUGGCGACUUCUACAAAGGCCUGUAUGUGUGAAAAUUUUAAAGAGAAGGAAUCCUGCAUCAAAAAACCUAGUCUGAAGGACAAAGCAAUCUCGUGCAAAAGCAAACUUAGAUGUUCAUUUCAUGAAGAUAGCCACAAGAAAGUAUCCAAGAAGAAACACAAAUAUUCUCAAUGCCUGGAAGCAUUAAAACGUCGAAAACAAAAGUGUCCGUCGCCCAAUAAACAAAAAACUACCAGAUGUCAAAGUGAAACAAGUGCUUCAAAAUGCUCCCAGGAUACUCCCAGUUGUACAUUUCAACUCCAGUGUUCUUCAAACGAAGUAGCCCAACCUCCAAAGCGUUUCCAAAAUAGCUCCUGUAUUACUAAUCAACCCCUACGUUUUUCAAAAGAAACAGCAAAACCUUCAACAUGUUCCCAAGACACUCCCAAUGUCGCAUGCCGAACUCAAUCUUGUCCGAAAGAAACGGAAAAUGCGAAAGGAUGUCGUGUGGAAAUUAGCUCGACAAAGUGCUGUUCCCAAUUGGGAAAAAGAGGCCUUAAGGACAACCCAUGGUUCAAUCAUAAUGAUGAAACGAGGAAGGAGAGAAUUUACAAUUACCGGUCGAGAUCAAGCGCCAGACUCGAAAGGCUCCUCAACCAAUCCAGGAAAGCGAAAAACCUGAAGGACUGGAAUUGCAACAAGCAAAUACAGUGCAGAAAGAUACAGAAAAAUGCAGAAUGUGACUGUAGCGAUCAGUUACUGCAACUCGUCAUGUCGGAAUCAGCUGAAUGUAAAAAGUUGCUACUUCCAAGAAUAAAAUCGGGAGAGGACAAAAAAGAACAGCCCGUCGAACAGGACGAGGAAUCAAAUACAUAUCAGGAUAUUGAAACGCCAACGUCACGAGAACAAACUCACCAAACAUCGGAUAGUGAAAAUGACAGAAGCACUGUAGAGAUUACGUUAACGUUUGGAGAUGACGUGGAUCAGGAUAUUAAUCAGAAUUCAAGUGACGAAUGUUUCGUAGAUGCUCCUGUAUAUUGUGAGGAAUGCAACGCGAAUAUGCAGACUCAAUGUAUGGACGAAGAGCAAGACCAAUCGAAUGUGGAAUAUUGCAACGAUGAUGAUGAUGAUGAUGAUGAUGAUUAUACCGAAAAUGAAUCAGAUGAAAUGUGUGUUCAGGAAGACAGUUGUAAAGUUAAGCCGAUAGUUAAGCCGAAACCGAAAAAGCAACUUGUUCGAAGAAAAUGCAUAUUCGAACGUUUUAAAGUUAGUGACAAAGACCAAGCAACAUACUGGUGUAGAAAUUGCGAAAUACUUGUCAGACCGAUAAUAGUCAAUAAGAAGACGUAUCCGACAAAUUGUAUUAAAUAUUUGUUUUCCGGUUGUUUACCUCAGAUGAACAUUAAUGAUACGUUAUUUAUGUGCCCAUGUUGUAAUGAUUACGUAAUAAAUAUGAAGUCUUCAUGUUAUUUAGUACCUAUCAAACACGAUCAAUGUUUAAAGUCAAUAUACGUCGUUUUCAUCAUCAAAAAUUUAGUUUGUUCAAGGAAUACAGAUGAUAUCUCAUCAUCAUAA